AUGGCUGGCAUCAUUGGUGCUAUCAGAAAUAACAUGAUCGGUUUGGCGGGCAUUCUGGACAGUGUGCGCAUACUGCCCAUAUUCGACGGUGAAGCUCCGAGUUUUCCCGCAAUGGCGGAUGCUUUCACCUACCUGAUCAAUGAGAGGAAAGAUGAUGUGAAAGUUAUUCUCAUGACGGAAGGUUCCGAUUCAGAGAGUUCCAAAGCCGUUACCGACAAGAUUCAGGAAGCAAAUGCAGCUGGCAUGCUCGUUGUCGUCACGGCAGGGAAUAAGCACCGCGAUUUGGACAUAAAUCCAGACUUCCCUUGUUCCUUCGGCCGUUCACCCGCUGAUGGAGUGUUAUGUGUGGCUGCAACGUAUGGUCCCAACAUGCAGCUUACGGAUGGAAGCAAUUUCGGUUCAGCUGUUGACAUUGCCGCUCCAGGUAACGGAAUAGUUACAACUGAUCUCAAAGGGAAGUAUGCCACAGGUAAGGGCACUUCGCAUGCCGCCGCUAUUGUAGCAGGUAUAGCUGGGAUGCUCUACAGCCUUGAACCUUCUCUGAAGGCUAAGCUGACCCCUGCUUACAUCAAAAGUAUCAUCAAGGAUACGGCCACCCAAGGUGUCAAGGACAGUAAAGGGGUAGAGACCCUUACCUUCGGCCGCGUGAAUGCUGCGGCGGCUGUCAAGAAGAUACUUGGGAGAAAGAAGGUUUAA